AUGACCGUUCUUACCGGUAGCAACAAUUUUAUAAAUAUGCCGUUCAUUGAGCAAUCAUACGAAAACCUUCAAAUGUACAACAACGACUUUUCUUCCGUUGAUUACGAAUAUUAUCAAAAACCUUCUUUGCAUUUACAAGUUCCUCCUCAACCACCGCAACAACCACAAGAUCCAUACGCAUUAUUCCCAAUGUCUGGUUCUACUUCACCUUUACAAUCCGUAUUGGUACCAGUAUCUGGUUCAACUUCACCCAUCAAAACUGAAUUUGACUCGGGAUAUCAAAGUGGAUUACAUAUGAUUGAAAUGGAAUCAGGUUCAAGUGCUGAAUCAUCUCCUCAUGUUGUUGCAUCAAAUGAAUUCGAAAGUUCUCAAUUUAAUUAUAAUUACCCUCCUGGACUUUGUGGUGAUGAUUCUUCAAGUGAAACUUUAUCUUCAGCUACUUCACCUACUGGACCUGAAUUCAAUUUUGGUGAUUCUUAUGGAGAUAUUAAUCGAUAUUUUGAUGAUCUUUUAAAUGGUGGUGGAAAUUCAUCCCCACAAUCUUUUACUGACCAAAUGAGAUUUAUUAUUUAUGAACCUCGAUGUGGAAAUAUAGGAUGUGGAAAUAUAGGAAAUAUAGGAAAUAUUAAUUCAAUUCCAUUUGAUUAUACUCAAAAUCAAGUUUUAGUACAUGAUUUACAACGACAUAUUAGAGUUCAUACUGGUGUUAAACCAUAUCAAUGUCCAUGCUGUCAUAAAGCAUUUGCUCGUACUGAUGCUCUUCGUCGGCACUUUAAAAUGGAAGAAGUUUGUCGAAAUUCUCCCGAAGCAUAG